UAUGGUCUUAAUACAAAUGCGCCCCUGAUAAGUAACGGCGAAUGAGAAAAGUAAUCGUGGCAAAUUCAGUAUAAUCAUCUUCAUUUCAAGAGUUUUGUUUUAUGUGAAAGUAUCUAAUCUAAUCGGUUACGAAACUAAUAAAAGGUUAAAUGAGUCUCUCAUAACCUUUGUAUAUUCAGUUCCUUUCACUUCCUAGCACCGAAAAGAUGUAUCUCAAUUUUUAUAUAAUAUUUUCAUUCAUUACCUUUUGCUAUGGUUCUGGUUCUUCGAACUCAAAAAGCGGCCCAAAAGUAACAUCACAGGUGACGUUUGAUAUUGAAAUUGGAGGUGUACCGGAAGGUAGCAUUGUGAUCGGUUUGUUUGGCAAGACGGUCCCCAAGACUGCUGAUAACUUUUUCCAGUUAUGUGAGAAACCAAUAGGCGAGGGAUAUGUAGGCAGCAAAUUUCAUCGCGUAAUUAAAGAUUUUAUGAUUCAGGGAGGCGAUUUUACGAAAGGGGAUGGAACUGGAGGACGUAGUAUCUAUGGCGAGCGUUUUGCUGAUGAAAACUUCAAGCUGAAGCACUUCGGAGCGGGAUGGUUGUCAAUGGCCAACGCUGGUAAGGAUACCAAUGGUUCACAAUUCUUCAUUACCACCAAGAAGACCGAAUGGUUAGAUGGCAGACAUGUAGUUUUCGGGAAGGUGGUUAAAGGAAUGGAAAUUGUUAAGAAAAUCGAGCAAUCUAAAACUAACAGUCAAGAUCGUCCUAAUGACGAUGUUGUUAUUGUAAAUUGUAAAGCAGAGCAUUUAAGUGAACCUUUUUCAGUUGCUAAAGAUGAUGCUUCAGAAUGAAGUGAUAGCUUUGAAUUUUGUCUAAGUAGAUAACACUACCCUUUUUUAUUAAUAUUUUUUACCUGUAUUGGAAGAUAUU